UAGAUGCGUAUGAAAUGGUUUUCUCCGGGAAGCUGAGGAUGUUGAUCCAGUGAUUGGGGUAGGCCUAAUAGGCAGUUUAUUACAGCAUGAUUACAGUAUGCGCUUCCCGUUUAGGGAAUUUGACCUAGAGAGCAUCGUAUGUACACGUUACUUACAGAGAGAAGCCCAAAUAUAUUGUGAAGGAGAAGGGGUGUUCGGUUGGAAAUUUUUCUGACGCCGGCGUUAUUUUUAGAAUACAGGCUUGGAAUUAACCUACAGACAUUGAGCAUGAUUAAACUGCUUACGCUUUUAGUCGUCGCAAGAUCAGAACACGGCUGCUAUGUCUUCUACUUGACUUAAAUUUGAGGCAUAUCAAGAAUCAGCAGAGCAAUGGCUGCAAUACAAAGACUGAAAUCGUGGUUUAAUUGCAAAGAAGGUUCAGCUACUGAAGAUGCCCAGCCUAUUGUCCAAGACACAAACAACGGCACAGACUCUAAUCGGAGAAAAGGAACAUCGAGACUUCACUUACUGCGACUCAGUGCUGCCGUGUGUGGUAUUGAGUUCUGUUACUCCGCCGAAACUGCCUUCGUAAGCCCGAUUCUUUUAAAAGCCGGUGUCCCCGAAAGUUAUAUGAGCCUUAUAUGGUGUCUCAGUCCAACAUUAGGGUUCUUUCUGACACCAAUUCUUGGCUCGGCUAGCGAUAGAUGCUCGUCGAAAAUUGGUCGUAGACGGCCGUUUAUUUUGCUUUUGUCAGCUGGCAUCAUGAUAGGAUUGAUAUUAGUUCCUAAUGGUCACCAAUUUGGAGACUUAUGUGAUGUCGAUGAAAUGGAUAACGUAUCUGCUACGAUAUCAUUCGACGAAGAAUUAUACCUGUACGGGUCUAAUGAAAACUCUACGUUCAGUAUCACAUCAUUUGAUGUCACUGUGAAUGCAACGGCUUCACCAGACACACAUGUCGUAAGACAAGUUUGCACGAUAGCUGUUACAGUGCUUGGUGUUGUUUUGCUUGACUUUUGUGCGGACGCAGCGCAGUCUCCAACACGGGCAUAUCUCAUCGAUGUCAUACCAAAAGAGGACCACCAGAAAGGCCUAAGCAGUUUUACAACAAUGGCUGGCCUAGGUGGUUUUGUAGGUUACCUAAUAUGUGGGAUUCCUUGGGAGAAGACGACAUUUGCUUCUGUUUUCUUUGAUCAAAUUCAUAUCGCUUUCUUUUUAGUCCUUGUGGUGUUCAUCGUCGCGGUGGCGUUGACAGUAACAAGUGAUAAGGAGUUAACGCUAGAUGAAAUCAGAAGCAAACCCCGUCAAAUUACCAGCCAAAGUGGUACGCAUAUGGAGCUCACCACGCUUGAUACAAAGAAAACGUAUGGAACACAGGACCAGGAGCCGGUCACACAGAGGAGCAAUGACUAUUCUGCACUUAAUGGAACAAGUACAGAACACAAAGACGAGGAAUCAGAUUUUCAACAUGAGCAGGGUAGUAUGAAGGACUACUUACUGUCAAUCAUAUAUAUGCCAUAUUCCCUUCGAAUCCUGUGCUUAACCAACCUCUUUUGUUGGAUGUCUCUUUUAUGCUAUUCGCUCUACUUCACGGAUUUUGUUGGAAGAGCAGUGUACGGCGGUGAGCCAACAGCGCCAAAGGGAUCAGAAGAGCUGUAUCUUUAUGAAGAGGGAGUUCGUAAUGGGAGUUUUGCGAUGGCUGUUGAUGCACUAUCUUGCUCUAUAUUUUCAUUCUAUCUGGUGAAGUUAGUAAAAAGAUUCGGCGCUAAGCCAGUUUAUAUUUGUAAUCAAUUAUUCUACACCUUCGGCAUGAUAUGGAUGGCUGUAUUGCGAACCAAGUGGAUAACUUUUCUAGCAUCUAUUACGACGGGUGCUAUGUAUUCAACCUUGUUUACAAUGCCAUUCAUUAUACUUGCUGAUUACCACUCUAAUAAUAUGUUUGAAAAAUCCAAGGAAUCUGGGGUUACGCGUCAUCAUAUACGAGGUAUUGGGACGGACGUGGCCGUGGUUCAAAGUAUGGUGUUCGUUGGACAGUUCACACUUUCGCUAUGUAUGGGAAGUCUUAUACAUUACUUUGGAACAGUGGUUAGUAUAGUGUCUGCCGCAAUAUUAAGCUUUUGCGGCGCCAUAUGCGCAUCUCAGGUUGUAUAUUUAGGAUUGUAAUUUGUAGGUUAGUACUGUAGUUGAAACUGCCAUAAAAUGGUAGUCCCAUAUUAGGUGCCUUAUACGAUAGUAUCAUGUGUUUACGUCAUCUUGGUGAGCCCACCUUCAUCCAUCGUAAUUAUGCCUACCGUAUAUCUUAUAUUGCAACUAUUAAAAUUGGAAAUUGUAACAUCUUGAUCCCUGUAUCUUGUGAUUGGUUGGUCUAUAUAGACUAGCCCUCAACUUGUGACUGUGACGAAAAGUGGUUUGACUGUCAUAAAUUGCAUAAAUUUGGCCUACCCUAAAGUUACAAAUAAGUUAUAAUUAGGCCAAAAAAAAUAUUUUUUUUUAUGUUGGUCACGUUUUGGGAAAAUCCCCCCCAAUUUUUUUUUUUACUUAAAACAGUAUAAAAUACACAAAUAAUACAACAAUUUUGGAUUAGCAUUGCGUAGCAUGCACAAAAAAUAGGCUGGGCCUUGGCCCCCUAGCCUAGUCCAAGGCUAUUUCAGAUCAUUAAAAAAAAUAUUUUCCUUGUCAAAAAAAAAAAAAAAAAAAAAAAAAAAAAAA